AAGUACAAACAGCAGCAACCGAAAAUACAAAGACUAAAAGACUGCCAAUAGGCAAGGAGCAUACGGACAUUUCAACAUGGAGUUUUGGGGGUUGAUCCAGCACUUCUGUGUCUUUCUACUUGUUUCAGCUCAGGAUUAUGAACAUAACGUAUGUGAGCAGCCAGAGAUUCCACUUAAUGCCGAGGUGGAGGCGCCGCAGAGGUUUUUCAUUCCCGGAGCAGGGCUGGUUCUGUCCUGCAAAACGGGAUACACCCAAGUGCUGGGUCCUCGUCGCAUCGUCUGCAGUGCCUCUGGAACAUGGUCUAAGACUAAACUCCAAUGCAGGCCCAUUGUAUGUCCUUAUCAUGGGGACUUGUCGAACGGACAUGUGUACUAUGAGGGUAACACAUACCAAAGUACAGUGAACUACACCUGCAAUGAAGGGCACAUUUUACUUGGAGACGACGGUGCAGUUUGUCUGGCUAAUGGAUCCUGGAGCACAUCUGUACCUGAGUGCAAGCCCGUGUCCUGUGGGCUCGCCCCAAUUCCACGGUUCGGGAUGAUCAUUUACGACAGAGCGGUCAAAGAUGACGUAACUCCAUAUGGCACCAGGGUUACGUACCAAUGUUUGCCUCCAUAUGCUGUCUUUGGUAACACAAAAGCACACUGCACUGCCCAGGGGUUCUGGACUGAGACCCCCGAAUGUCGAGUGGUGACCUGCCCUCCUCCACCGCCCAUUGACAAAGGAUAUGUGCUGGACAACGACAUCAAAGACUAUUUCUUCAUGGAUACGGUAGGGUACGACUGCUUUGGGGAUUAUGUCCUGGAAGGCAGCCACCGGAUUACGUGCCAGAAAAACGGACAAUGGUCACAAAAGCCAUCCUGCAAAGCUCCUUGCGAAGUUGGAAUCGCAAGAGGACGGAUAUUAUAUAAAGAAAAAAAGAUCUGGAUUGAAGAUCUGAAGCCCAACAUGGUGGCGCACAUGGACCUAGUGUCGGUGUACUGCAUGGACCAGGCCAGGAAGUGUGGAUAUGCAGUUCCAAGUCAGUGCAUUGAUGGGACUCUCAUCAUUCCUGGCUGCUUCCGAGAACCCAGUAUAAUGCAAUACCAUUUCCAAGCAUCCCUCCCAUCUGAAAUCCAACAAUGCUGAAGAAACAGGACAUCACUUCUUUUGUUGAUAUUGGAUUGCAAUAAAAUAGAUCUAACCUGAGGAUUUAUGGAAGAUUUAUUUGUACUGUUUUCCUUACACAUGUUCAUUGAUUAAAUAUU